AUGUCUGAUGGCGCAUCUUCGCAAGCCUGCAAUCAAGGAGGCUUAAAGAGCGACUCUGGUGAACAGUGGCCCCUUCCCCUACCGGAAACCCCAAAGAUAGUUCACUUAGACGUAAAAUGCGAGAAAAGUUUAAUGAAAGUAUCCAUUGAGUUCGAUAAGCCAUUUCAGGGGGUAAUCUUCUCAAAGGGUCACUACAACUACCGCAAUUGUCUGUACUUGCCACCUAAUACUGGUCGAAAGAAUAUUUUCUUUGACAUCUCUAUCAACGCCUGCGGUACGAGCGGCAAUGCUCAGGGAACCUUCUACAAUGAGGAUGUAAACUCGGACAGUGGAUCGUUUUUUGAAAACACGGUCGUCAUUCAAUACGAUCCGCAAGUACAAGAGGCGUGGGACCAAGCUCGAAAGCUACGCUGCACUUGGCAUGAUCAGUACGAAAAAGCUGUCUCCUUUCGACCAUUUCCCGUAGACAUGCUUGACGUGGUUCGCGCAGAUUUUGCCGGUGACAACGUCGGCUGUUGGAUGCAAAUUCAGGUUGGCAAGGGGCCAUGGGCAAGUGAGGUGGCAGGCAUCGUCAAGAUUGGCCAGACGAUGACCAUGGUACUGGCGAUUAAAGACGAGGAGAACAAGUUCGACAUGCUAGUGCGGAACUGCAUUGCCCACGAUGGAAAGCGAGCGCCAAUUGAGCUAGUCGAUGGCAACGGGUGCAUAGUGCGCAGUAAACUAAUGUCCAAGUUUACGAAAAUAAAGAAUUUUGGAUCAUCUGCCUCGGUACUCAGCUACGCCCACUUUCAGGCGUUCAAGUUCCCCGAUUCAAUGGAAGUACACUUCCAGUGCACCAUACAAAUCUGUCGGUUCCAGUGCCCGGAGCAGUGCACUCAGCAGCCUGGAGCGGAUGUGAUUAAUCUGUACAACAAUGGCGAGAUGAGCAAUGAGGGCGACAUUCGCAAGCGGAGAGAUGUGACGGAGCACCUGGUGGUGGGCACUCUGGCCACCUCAAAGGACAACAGUCAAGUGGGCCUCAACAAGGCAAUUCAAGUGGUCUCGCCCAGAGACCUGUCCUUCCCACUCGACCCGGCGGAAAGUCAAAUGGCGCUGGUGGCACGAGGCAGCAAUAGCAGCGGCAGCAGCAAACAGCCACUGGCUGACUCUCAGAGCAUCUGUAUGCCCACCUAUGGAUUCUUCCUAUCGAUUGUCUUUGUUUGCCUAGUCUGUGUUCUGGCCACCGUCAUCACAUUUGUUUUCAUGAGACGGCCAGCGAGUAAGGAGAAAGCGUGCAAAGAGAAGAAGGCCGACUACAAGGUGGACACCAAUUUGCCCAACUUGUACGAAAUGAUUCGAGUUCANAGUCUGUGUUCUGGCCACCGUCUUCACAUUUGCUUUCAUGAGACGACCAGCGAGUAA